UUCGGUUUGAGAAACGGACAGUUGCUCUCUUUCACUUGAAGUUCUUCCGGUGGUCGUGCUCUGUACUUCCGGUCGGCCUGACACGCCGCUGUUGAAUCUGUUACAUGCGCAUUGGGUCUCUCGAACAGGGCGGAUAAUGAUGGAGCGGUAAAGUUCACGAUGUGUGAGUCCUGUGCGGAGGUUUGGAAUAAACACACAACGGACAGCAGCUAACCCACGUAUGGCCUGCGAGUCGGCUUUCCCUGCCAUCAUGGACGAGCAGGCCCUUAUGGGACUGAAUCCCAAUGCUGAUGCCUGCUACAGGCAGAGAGCUCUGGCGUAUUUCGAGCAGUUGAAGGAGUCUCGGGAUGGGUGGGAGGUUUGUGCUGAAGCUUUGGUUAAAGGUCUUUACAGUGAUGAUCAUGUGAAGUUCUUCUGCUUUCAAGUCCUGGAACAUCAGAUCAAGUACAGACAUGGGUCUCUGAGUGCCGCUCAACAGCAGUUGAUCAGAGAGACUUUGAUGAAGUGGCUCCAGGCUCAGCUGAUGAAUGUUCACCCCGAGAAGCCCUUCAUCAGGAACAAAGUGGCCCAGGUUCUGGCCCUUACCUUUGUUGUAGAGUACCUGACCCUCUGGCCCAAAUUCUUCUUUGAUAUUCUGGCACUGGUUGGGCUGAACCCAAACGGUGUAGACAUUUACCUGCGAACUCUCAUGGCCAUUGAUGCUGAAGUAGUGGACCGAGACAUCCUGCACAGUCCUGAGGAGACACGCAGGAACACGCUGAUUAAAGACACCAUGCGUGAGCAGUGUAUCCCCGCGCUGGUCGAAUCUUGGUUCCAGAUCCUUCACACGUACCAGCACACGCACAGCGAGCUAACAUGUCAGUGUCUGGAGGUUGUGGGCUCGUACGUCUCCUGGAUCGACCUCAACCUCAUCGCCAAUGACAGGUUUGUGAAUCUGUUGCUCAGUCACAUGUCUAUGGAGGAACUGCGGGAGGAGGCCUGUGAUUGUCUCUUUGAAAUCGUCAAUAAGGGCAUGGAGCCUGUAGACAAAACCAAACUGGUGGAGUCUCUGUGUCAAGUGCUGCAAUCUGCCGGCUUCUUUAAUAUCCAGCAGGAGGAGGAUGUGGACUUUCUGGCGAAGUUUUCCCGGCUGGUCAACGGUAUGGGUCAGUCUCUGGUUUUGAGCUGGACUAAACUCAGUAAGACAGGAGAUGUAAAGGUUGUCGCGGAAACGCUGCGUGCUCUGGAGGCGAAGGUCCCGCUGAUGCUACAGCUGCUAAUUCAUGAAGAUGACGAUAUUUCGGCGAACAUUGUGGGCUUCUGUUACGAUUACCUGCAUGUGCUCAAACAGGUACACACGCAGAUGAUCUCAGUGUGUGCAUGCGUGUGUGAUGUGAUAUUCAUAUCUGAUUUUAUGUGUCUGUGUGUGUUUAAGCUUCCAGCUCUCAGUGAUCAGCAGAAAAGCAACAUUGAGGCGAUCAUGCUCGCGGUCAUGAACAAACUCAAGUAUGAUGACGAGUAUAACUUUGAGAAUGAGGGAGAAGAUGAGGCCAUGUUUGUUGAGUACAGGAAACAGUUAAAGAUGCUGCUGGACCGACUGGCUCAAGUUUCUCCCGAACUUCUGCUGGAGUCUGUACACCGAGUGUUUAACAGCACCAUGCAGAACUGGCGGACAGUGCCGUUCAUGGAGGUGGAGGUGGCCAUCAGACUGCUGUACAUGAUGGGUGAAGCUCUUCCUGCAUCACACGGAGCGCAUUUCUCUGGAGAUGCAGCGAAAGCCAGCACACUGCAGGCCAUGAUGAGGACGCUCAUCUCCUGUGGUGUCAGUGAGUACCAGCAUUCCUCUGUUAGUCUGGAGUUCUUUGAGACCGUCGUCCGCUAUGAUAAAUUCUUCCUUGUGGAACCGCAGCACAUUCCCAACGUCCUGAUGGCCUUUUUAGACCACCGUGGUUUAAGGCACAGCAGUCCGAAGGUCCGCAGUCGAGUGGCUUAUCUGUUUUCACGCUUCAUCAAAACUCUACAUAAACACAUGAAUUUAUUUAUCGAGGACAUUCUGAGCAGAAUACAGGACCUGCUGGAGCUCGCACCCCCGGAGAACGGCUUUCCAGCUCUGCUCAGCAGUGACGAUCAGCUCUUCGUAUUUGAGACGGCCGGUGUGUUGAUCGUGCACGGAGAGAGUCCGGCCGAACGCAAGCAGGCUCUGAUGCGCAGUCUCCUAUCUCCUCUGAUGGAGGCUUUCCGCAUGCUGCUCGCCAAACUGCCCCAGGAGAUGGAUGAGGAGAGACGGGCGGUGCUGGCCGACUGUCUGAGUCACGCUGUGGGCUUUGCCAGUCGCACCAGUAAGGCCUUCAGCAAUAAGCAGACAGUGAAGCAGUGCGGCUGCUCUGAGGUCUACCUGGACUGCCUACAGACCUUCCUGCCUGCAUUGAGUUGUCCCGUCCAGCGGGGGGCGGUACGCAGCGCCGUGCGUUCCUUUCUGCACAGAAUGAUCAUCUGUUUGGAGGAAGAGGUUCUGCCCUUCAUCCCUGCAGCGUCUCAACACAUGCUGAAGGACUGUGAGCCCAAAGACCUGCAGGAGUUCAUUCCCCUCAUCAGCCAGAUCACGGCCAAGUUCAAGAACCAGGUGUCUCCCUUCCUGCAGGAGAUCUUUAUGCCGCUAGUUAUUGCCAUAUUUGAGGUGUUGUCCCGUCCCGCAGAGGAGAACGACCAGACAGCGGCACUAGAGAAGCAGAUGCUGAGAAGAAGCUACUUCAGUUUCAUUCAAACCAUCGCCAGCAGCGGGAUGAACGAGAUCAUGGCAAGACAAGGUGCUGAAAAUAUUGAGCGUGUGUUAUUCACCAUCAUCCAGGGAGCCGUGGACUUCCCAGACCCUGUUGCCCAAAAAACGUGUUUUAUCAUCCUGUCCAGACUGGUGGAGCUCUGGGGUGGAAAAGACGGUUUGGUGGGAUUUCCAGAUUUCAUCUAUAAGCACAUCAUCCCAGCAUGCUUCAUGGCUCCUCUCAAACCGACCUUUGACCUUUCAGAUGCUCAGACUGUACUGACGCUGUCCGAGUGCACACUGACUCUACACAUGAUUCAUCUCAAGAGAGGCCUGGAGUGUGUUCAGUUUUUGCAGGAGUAUCUGCCCUCUCUAAACGUCUCACCUGAGAUCACACAGGAACUGUGUCAAGUACUUCAGCAGCCAGACGUCAAGGUUCUGAAAAACUACAUGAAGGCUUUUUUCCAACAGGCCAAACUUUAAAACUGGAAUGAUCUUGUGGAGCGUUUGAGGAGCUCAUCACUUACAGACCACCAUAACGGAGCUUAGCAUAGGAGCUACUUUUGCACUUAAAGAGAAGCUUAAAUCCACCCAACCUGUCUGCGGGACACAGACCCCUAACAGGAGUCACGUGGGGAUUGUCUGUCACGUAGCGGUGACCACGCCCCCUACACUGACCUUGGCCCAAUCAUAGUCGUGCUCUCCAUGUGGGAUUAGCCGCCAGACUGAAGUCGUCGUCGUCUGCGAUCGGUCGACCAACGCGUCAAGACAUAGAGCCAAUGGCAAACUGCAGGUGGGAUUUGUGAGGGUGGGGCUUCAGUCUCGGUCAGAAUAUCAAAGGGAAGUCUGAGGUAUUGGGAAUGUUUUAAGCAAAUAUGACCUAAAUGUUACAGAAAAUGAUUGUUGAAAAUAAGAUGGUUACUAGAAUGAAUUUCAGAAAAGGUUUAUUUUAUUUUUAUUAUUCUUUUUGUUUUGAAUCCAAGGAUUUAUGUAGAUUUUCAGUGUAAGGCCUGAUUAAAAACUGUAUUUAAAUAGCUAAUUUCUUUUCUUUUUUAAUUUGUGGAAAGUCUAGUUUUAGUUUGAAGUGCUCUUGAUAUGGGCUCAAUACAGUUUGAUUUGACUUUUUAUGGCUUGUUUAUAAUGAACUAAAAUAUUAGAAAGACCCCCAAUCUUUCAUAAUUGGUACAGUAUGAUGUUAUCGUCAGAUCUGUACAGUAACUCUGUAGUUCUUUUCUAAACAUGAGAUGUUUAGUUGGUCCGUCAUGUGAAAUAUGCAACGUUACAAACUGUGAAAAUUCUUCAGCGAGGUUUGAUUCAUGGAUCGGCAGUGACUGAUAAGUUUUGGUUAAAUUGCGCUGCCUUUUUAGAAAAAAAUGACAUUGGGAAAGACUGAAUCUUGCAAAAAGUUUGAAAUGCACAGCCACAAGUAUUUAAUUUCAUUGUAGAGAAAUGUUAAACAGCUGAAAGACUGAGUCAUUAUUGACAAUCUGUGUUGUAUUAGAGAUGUCAGACACACUGCAGAUCCAUCAUGGCAAAGUUCUGCGUUUUAAAGUUUGUGGUAAUGCUGUCACUCAUAUUGGCUUUAAAAACCAACAACUAAACAUUCCCAAAACAAAAUCCCUGAAGCACUUUGCCAUGAAUUGAAAUUCAUAAAAAAAUAAUUCUUGUCUGUUAUGCUACGUGAACUUCAGUUUUGUUACACACUCCAAUCCUGCUCUUUCAAACCCACUGCAUUAAUGCCAAAUAAGAGGAAGACAGAUUGAAAUCUUUGAACUUGAUUUAUUUUUGAUAUGCUGGGAUGUGCCCCCCCUUUCCUUUGUAGAUCUUUUGCCAUGAACAAUAAAGUAUUUACUAAUCUCA